CCAUGGCCUACCUUAUCUCUCCUUUGGCUACCACGAUAACUUGGGUGUUCGAUUUGUUUGCUUCUGUCCUUGCAGCUUCUCUUUCUGUCUUUAUCCGUUCCCAUUAUCUGUUAAGGUUACUACCUCCAGGUCCGCCUGGUCAUUGGCUACUCGGGAAUGAGAUCCCUACCAAGUGUAUGAAGAAUGGACAAAGGAGUACGGUCCGAUUUAUUCACUGACUCGGUUUGGAAAGGUGUAU